UGUAUAUGUAUAUGUAUAAGAGGAACCUUGGGAAGCUAUGGGGGUUUUACUGCAUUUUCAAGCGCAGGGGACUGGAGCCGAAAAGAUGAACAUCUUUAUCUUCCUCAUUGCUAUAGUAUAAUCAAAACCUUGUUUGUGUUGUAAAACCCUAAAUUGAAUCUCAAAUUCUGAUCAAUACGAAUGGCAGCAGCCGGAAAUGGAGGAAAAGCCGACGGCUCUUCUUCUCCGAAGCCCUUGAAGUUCACGGCAUACCAAAACCCGGCCUUAUUCGCCGCUCUAACCACCAACAGCCUCCAACCUUCGAAGUUCACCUUCCUCUGCAUCUUCUCCCUCUCCUCCGUGUCUGCAUUUGCCUUCCUUCGUAUUCUUUCCUGGGAAAAUGCGAUUGUUGACAAUUUGAAGCUCAAAAACUUUCCUGAAGAGGCAGCCUAUUUGUCUGCCAAGGCUGUACAAACUGCGGUAGGCUUAGUCUUUUUAGGAACAGUCUUAGCUUUUUUCAAAGCGAUAUCCUUGUAUAGAAAAAGAUUGAGUGGUUUUGUGUCUGUUAUAACUGCCACUAAAGGAACCAAGGAUCAAACACCUCUUUCCAAGCGUCAAUUGGGGCUUAUGGGAUUAAAACCAAAGCAUGAUAAUGGGACAUCUGAAAAAGCUGUAAAGCCUCCAAAAUCUAAGCCCUACUCAUCACCUUCUGAUGUUCUUGUUCCUCUUCAUCAAUCAGUUGGCAAUUUUAGUUAUUCCUCUCAAAGAAACAUAGAUAAAUUGAACUCUACCAGUGGAAGUAAAAUGCAGUCUUUCACAACGCCUUUGAAAUCUCCGGGUUCUGCGUCUUCCUUGUAUCUUGUCUCUGGAGUGGCCUCACCACUGCCUUCUGCGCAGAGUUCAUCAGGACGGGAGUCAGUGGUUUGUACCCCGUGGUCAAGCAAGCGAGUAUCCUCUCUGAAAGAAAUUACAUCUGAAGAAGACUUUGAACAAUUCCUUGCUGAAGUAGAUGAAAAAUUAACUGAGUCUGCAGGAAAAUUGGCAACUCCACCCCCCACCAUCGGUAGUGUUGGUAUUGCCAGUCCUAGUACUGUGGCUACUUCAGCUAAUACUUCUGGAACUACCAGAAGUACUCCCUUGAGGCCUGUAAGGAUGUCACCGAGUUCACAGAAAUUCACCACUCCCCCUAAGAAGGUAGAGGGUGAUGUUCCCUCUCCAAUGUCUAUGGAGGAAAUGGUUGAAGCUUUCAAGCAUUUGGGAGUAUAUCCUCAAAUUGAAGAAUGGCGUGAUCGUCUCAGGCAAUGGUUCUCUUCCACUUUGCUUAAUACUCUUGUUGAAAAGAUUGAAACCAGUCAUGUUCAGGUAAAAGAAGCGGCUGCUAAACUUGGUGUCUCGAUUACUAUAAGUCCUGUAGGCGACUCAGCGGAAUCCCUUCCCACUGUGUCUUCGGUUGACAGGACUAAUGAAUGGCAACCAACAUUGACCCUUGAUGAAAAUGGACUCCUUCACCAGUUACGAGCAACUCUCGUGCAAUCCAUUGAUGCCUCUACAAUCAAGAUGCCUCUGGCAAACGCACCACAGUCCCCUCAGCAGAAUCUGUUAGUUUCGGUGAUGCAGGAGUGUGUUGAUGCCAUUACAGAGUACCAGAAACUCCUUGCUUUGAUGAAGGGUGAAUGGGUAAAAGGCUUACUGCCUCAAAGUAGCAUUCGAGCAGAUUAUGCAGUACAAAGAAUCAAAGAUCUUUCUGAAGGGACCUGCUUGAAGAAUUACGAGUAUCUUGGGACUGGAGAGGUUUACGAUAAGAAGAACAAGAAAUGGACACUUGAGCUCCCAACCGAUUCUCACUUACUCAUGUAUUUAUUCUGUGCUUUCCUAGAGCAUCCAAAGUGGAUGCUACAUGUGGAUCCUUCAACCUAUGCUGGGGCUCAGUCCAGCAAAAAUCCUUUGUUCUUGGGGGUUCUGCCUCCAAAAGAACGGUUUCCCGAGAAGUACGUAGCAAUUAUAUAUGGCGUUCCUUCCGUCAUUCACCCCGGAGCUUGCAUACUGGCUGUUGGAAAGAAAAGUCCUCCAGUUUUCUCUUUGUAUUGGGACAAGAAGCUUCAGCUUUCCCUUCAGGGAAGAACAGCAUUGUGGGACUCCAUAUUGAUUCUGUGUCACAGAGUCAAGUUCGGAUAUGGUGGAAUUAUUCGGGGAAUGCAUCUCGGUUCGUCUGCUCUAAGAAUCCUUCCAGUCUUGAAUCCAGAGCCAGUAGACUGAGUGAGUAACUGUGGUUUUGCUUUCAGCAGUCUUCUUAUUGCAUAAGCUUACUAGCUGUUACGUGAAACCACCAAACUGUGCUUAUAUGUACAACAUGUAUCCUGGGGAAAUUGCUUUCUAACUUUAGUUUCCCAGCUUGAAUGUUCAUGUAUUCUAGUGUGAGUUCUUCAAUAGUUUUGUACUGACGACAAUUCCCAAGGAUCCGUAGUGACAAAUUGUCGUAGAACAUUUUAGAAGUCAAUUUGGCCUGGCUGUAUCAUUAUAGGUAUUGAACUUUAAGCUUGAGUGGGUCAUUUAAAAGCAUAUUUGACAUUGCUUUCGGCUCAUAAAAGCACUUUUAAUUUAUUAA